CGUAUCGAUUUUCAUCCCUGGAAAGUCUGUUUUAGUUUGACCGUAGGGGAAAGUUAUAACGAAACCAAUUUACUUUUUGUAAACACUCUUUCGACCUGUUCCGUUCGACGGUAUUGUCGGUAGAAGUAUUAGCCCGGUCUUCCAUAAUGCGUUAAUGUAAAGAACAAAAAAAAUGUCUCCUGAAAUACAUCAUACAUCACGUAUGGGCAUUGCUCAAUGAUUUAUUUUAUUUUUUUAUAGUACUUUUAACUGUAAAUGAAACCGAAAAAACUAUGUGAAAUAAAUAUAUUGUUUCGGUUUUUUCGUCCUACAGAGUAAGAGUUAAAGAGCGUUGGGAAAGUAUGUUCGAGAAUUUAAUCUAGGCCUUCUCGACAAUUAGAGGGUUGGUCAUAUACGUUAAGAUAUUUCGGUACCAUAGAACUAAGUUUCAAAAGAUAUUAAAAAAAAAACGUUAUUUUAACGCGAAUUAUUUAAACACCGAAUAUAGAAACAAAUUAAUUAACUAAACGGCUGGGGUUAGACAAUUGAAAUUUGUUUAGGUUUAAACUAAACUGAAAGUUAAAUAUUGUCGGCCAGUUCACAAACCGUAUCUAGGUAAAUACCAGAUUAUUACGGCCAACAAUAAAUUAAUGAAUAGCUGGUUCCGCACAUGCGAUGGAAUUGUAUGUGACACUUAAGUUUUCUCCCGAAGAGAGUUUACUUUCUUUUGAAGGACGAGUGAAAGAUUCGUUGGACGUCAGUUCUGGCGCACGAUUUAUCGAAUGCGUCUUAACUUCAUCAUCAUUAUAUCAUUUUCUUCAACAAUUAUUAAUUUUCGGCAACACCACGCGGACGCGCAUAUUCGGUUUUAAAUAUCGACAUGAGACGGAAAUAAUGCGGGAAAAAUCAGAUUGAAAAUGAAAGUGAAAUUUGGAGCAGCUGUAAUUUUCUAUUCCAUUUUCAUUGGAUCCAGCACGUGCUAUGUAGGAACGAAUAAAAUUAAAUUCACUAACACAACCACACCGUUGUCUGUUAGACAAGGCCGCAUAUUUUUCAAUCAGCUGUUUGGAUUCACUAACAUAUUAGGAAGUGCUGAUUCGAUUUUGGACGAUGGCGGACAUGAAACUGAAAGUGAAGAUGAAGAUGAUGGAACGACGAAAAAUUGUACUUGCGAAUGUGGUCACUCCAAUCAUGAAACCAGAAUAGUUGGAGGGCGUCCUACUGGAGUCAACGUUUAUCCUUGGGUUGCGAGAAUUGUUUACGAUGGUCAUUUCCAUUGUGGUGCAUCCUUGGUUUCGGAAAGUUUUGUGCUAACGGCAGCGCACUGUGUCAGAAGAUUGAAGCGUUCAAAAAUUCGUGUCAUCCUUGGAGAUCACGACCAGUCCACAACCGACGAUGUGCCUGCAAAGAUGAGGGCAGUGGCCGCGGUUAUCAGACACAGGAACUUCGACAGUGACACUUAUAAUCACGAUAUCGCUCUACUAAAACUUCGAAAGCCUGUAGAAUUUUCGAAAAACAUCCGCCCAGUGUGCCUUCCUACCGUAACAGAUCCUGCUGGCAUUAUGGGUACAGUGGUCGGGUGGGGAAGAACAACUGAGGGAGGAAUGCUACCCAACAUUGUUCAAGAAGUUGAAGUUCCGAUAUUAUCUUUAGCCCAAUGCCGGGCAAUGAAAUAUCGGGCAUCCAGGAUUACGUCUUACAUGCUAUGCGCUGGCAAAGGAUCUAUGGAUUCGUGUCAAGGCGACAGCGGUGGGCCAUUGCUAGUCCAUACUGGAGAUAAAUACGAAGUAGUGGGUAUUGUUUCAUGGGGGGUAGGAUGUGGAAGACCUGGCUACCCUGGAGUAUAUACGAGAGUGUGGAAGUACAAUAACUGGUUAAAAUUAAACAUCGACGAUGCUUGCUUGUGCAAUUGAGGUGCAAAGUUCCUGAUGCGCUGCCGACCCUCACUACUACCAGUACAUAAAUAACUGUAUUUAUUGUGAUUCAAAUUUAUUUUCGUAAUAAAUUUCUAAUGACA